AUGGGAGUAGGAAUCCGACCUAAAACUGCUCCAUUACAAAUCGCAGCAGCAUUAGAAAACAAUCAAGCUUCUUCUGCUUCUUCCACUUCUACUACUACUAAUACUACUACUACUACUAAUGAUUCAAUGAAUAGUAUUAGAAUAUCCAAACUACCGACUGUUACUCAUCGAAUCCAUAGUAUAAACAAAACAGUCAAGCUUAAACAUCAAAGUUCAUUACAACAAAUCACGAAUUUGACACCUACAAGUGCUUCUUCAAGCAGUGUGAAACAGAUCAUCACCACUAAAAGGAGUGUGAGUGAUUUAGUUGCAAAGAUUGAAAGAGAUCAUCAACCUCAGAAAGCACCGUUAAAUCAUCAAACUUUCAUCAAUUUAAAUCAAAGGAAUAGAAAGAUUUCUUUGGCUAGUUUACAAAGUGAUGCUGGAUCUGGUACUGGAUUGGUUAAAAACAUUGAAAAUGAUGAGAAUAAAGAAUCGAUGACCAAAAUCAUUGAAAAAUCGAAGAAACCUAUUGUAACUCAUCAAACCACUACUUCAUCACAAUCACAAUUACCUUCAAGUUCAAGUUCAGAUCGAUGGAUUGAAGAAUCAAAAAAUGAUCCAAAUCCUCCACCAUCAUCAUCAUCAUCAUCAAUAAUCAAUUGUAAAAAUCUAGAUCAUCAUCAUCAUCAUCAUCAUUCAUUUAGUUUAUCAUCAUCAUCAUCAUCAUCAUCUAAUUCAACUAAUCAUUCAAAACAUAAUCAUCAAACUAAUCAAAACAUCCUUCAAAGUCCAUCAAACCAAAGCUUUUCAAUGGCCAUCUCUUCACCUUCUCAUCAAUCAACCUCUUCUCAAUCACAAUCAAAACAAUCUCAAUCUCAAUCUCAAUCACAACCACAAUCACAACCAUCACAAUCCUCUUCUCUACUUAAUACUUCACAUCAACCAAUCAAUUCUAAUGUCAAUCACAACUCCAAUCGAGCCGUUCGACCCAGAAGAUCAGCUGCUUCUUUACAUUCGAUUCCUGAACGUAGAUCAAAAGAACUCGAUCAACCUCCACUUCCAGUGCCUCCUACUCCUUGGGUAGAACCUGCUACUCCAAUCCUCAAUCCUCCUUCUCGUCAAGCUUCGUCUUCUAAUUCAGUUUCAGAUCAAUCACCUCACCCUUCUCAUUCAUCCUUCAACAUUCAUCCUUCACAUUUACUCUCACCAAACGAUUCCAAUCCUGACACUGAUUUCGUUCCACUAGAUAGUCCUUUACCUUGGGGUACUCAAGACACUAACUUUCCUACCACUCCACCGGCUACCACUAACACGCCUGGCUUACGCGAUCAACGUCUCUUGAGUAGGUACCGUGCCACUUCUCAAUCCCUUUCUACCCGACAUUCAGAAGGUAGUCAAUAUGCUACUUCCUCAUCAGUUUGGACUCCUUCCUCAGUCGCUGGUUCUCGACUAGGCUUCGAUUCCGUCGAUAAUGGCGCUCGUACGUCCGUUGCAAGUCGGGAUUCACGCUUCACGGCUGAAACAGAUUAUGAAGACUAUUGUCCAAAGGGUUCACAACAUCCAACUCCAAGUGCAUCUGCUCGAUCAAUUCAUUUGGCCAUGUCUGCAUCUUGGCAUGGUCAACAACCUGAACAUCUUUUCAAUCGGCCUUCUUCCUCUCCGUUCAUUGCACAAGCUGUCCCUUUGGUUCCUAAUCCUGCAUCUGAGCAUCUACAGACGCCUACGAUCGCCUCUUUGAUGAAUGUGGAAGAACAGUCUGAGAUGGUCGGACUCGGUAUCACCUCUGAUGAGAUGGUUAGUGUCAGUAGAAACUCUCGUAGUCCAUCUCUCACUGGUCGUCUACCCGAAAGCUGGCGUCCUAGCUCUCAAAAUCUGAAUCCCUCUAACAAGCUAUCAGCACCAGCUUCUAAUCCUCAUACAAACACAUCAUCGUCGUCUCUUUCUUCUCCUGGUCUUGACUCACCUCGCUCUCGUUCCGCCACUCCUAUCAUGGAGCCUCCAUCCUCAGCCCCUCUGAGUAACAUCUCCAUCAAAACUCAUUCCCUGGGCAUGGCUGUCAAUCGACCACAGUCGAGUACUAGCCCUAGCACGCCUGAAGGAAACACUCUAAGUCGAGCACCUAGUUUUCAUCAAAAACAACAACAUGAACCUGAUCACGAGAAAUCAAAUCUAGGCUCUGGCUUCAAUGAUCCUACUGAUGCUUCUAAAGCACGCUUUUAUGAACGUCAUCAUCAAGCUCAUUGGGACGAUCUGGAUGAUGGAUCACCUGUCUUGGCUUCGAGCGCUGAAAUACCUAGUAAGGCUGUCGUUUUGGCGGAAGAAGGAGGUCGGAUCAUUGAUUUUUCAACCAUGAAAUGUCCAUUAGAAGAAUUGCAUGUACCCGAUGAUACUACUCACCUUCUGAUCACCAAGACACAGGGGCCCUUCAUACUCAAUUCUUUGCUUACUUCCUCUUUACCCAGGUCGACGUCUACCUUGGUGGUAUUAGAUAUUAGUGAUUCUUACUUGGCAUCUUUACCAUCCGUGAUCGCCUCUUGUACUGCUCUUGAAGAACUUAACAUCAGUGGUAACAUAUGCGCAAGUGGUGAUCUUCCUGCUUGGAUUGCUCAUCUGGUCUCUCUGAAGGUUCUAGCUGCCGAUCGAUGUGGUCUCAUCCAUUUAAUCAACCCUCUCGGCAGUCUUCUUCAUGUUCACGAUCUCUCACUUCGCUCUAACCAUCUGAAGAGUCUACCCUCUUGGCUUUGUCACCUUCAAGCUCUCGAGGUUCUCCUGGUAGAUGACAAUGAGUUUGAACCACCUUGGCUUGAACUUGCUGAACCGUUGCUUUCGUGCAACUAUCGUUCAAAUGAAAGUGACGCAAACUUACCAACCGGCUCCAGUGCUUCUGAAAACGGAUCGCUUUCUAGUUCAUUGGCCCAUGGUCUACAACCCCCUCGAUCAGCGCUUAGUGAAGCUAUAACUUCAUCACAUCUCAACACCAAUCCGACUGCCGAUUCUGCUGGCUAUCAUGGUCGAGCCUCGCGUCCAACUAAUGGAAGCGUGGAUUAUUCACGUGCCUCUCAGACUGGCUCUUUGCGGCUCUCACCUAGUCAAAACGAACGUAGGCUAGAGGGUGUUGAAUCAUUGAGUCGUCGGAAUAGUUCCAUCCGUCGAUUGCGUAGUUCUUCAAACGAAAUGAGAGCCACGGUUGCUCGGCCUAAUUCUUAUCACGAUCAUAGUCCCUCCUUGGCAUCCUUUAUGGAAGCUGAAGAUCCUUAUCAACCUGGCCUUGGGCCUGCUGGUGUUUAUACACAACCUCAAGUUCAAUCGCAACUGGACGUACAUCAUUCACUUCGAUCAGCGCCAGUAAGUUCAAUGGAAAGGGUGAAUCUCUCAGUCUUGGAUCGAUUUCCAUCCAAAGGAGUUCCACAAGGUAUCCAUAUCCCUCCUCCUCAACCGCCUCAACCCAAAGAUCACAAAAAGUCAUUUGGAUUCUUGAAGAAAAUGAGCCUGGGUAAACUGCGGCGUGAGGUGACAACAGGCAGGGAACGUACCAACACCUUGGAGGCACGUGGUGGUUCUGCAGUCCCACUCACGGUUUACGAAGUUGAUCCGCCCAUUCGACCUCAUGCGAACCCUCUGAUGGAAUCACCAAGGGCAAUCAGUGAAGAUGCUGUGAUGUUGAUGUCACAUCGGGAACCACUAACUUCCCCUAUCAGACCUGUGAUGGCAGCCACACAAUCUGCAGACGCUGGUCGCUGGAAUAGUCAAACUACUCAACGUGAAGUGGUUAACAAUCGACGUCGGAGUUUUCUCAAAAUCGAACCUUUUGUUGGUAUCAGAAAGUUUGAACCACUUCCGAUGAUUCCUACUACUUGGACCCAUUCUAUGAGUGAUGCGGAAGGGAUGGUAGAAGACUUGAUGUUGUCCACUUCGAUCAAUCAAGAACCGAAUACCCAUCAUCACAGGGCUUCAAGCGAAUCACCUUCACAACAAUAUCGUGAACCUCCAUCACCUGCCUUAUCACACGCUACACCAUCUCAAUUUCCUCAAACCAAUCGAUCCUCUACUAUUGACCCACGUACAGGACUUCGUUCAAUUAUGAUGUAUUUACGUGAUGUUCAUGAUCUUUCGGGAGAGCCAGCUGCACCUGCAGGAGUGAAUGCUAGACCAGGUUUAGUGUCACGAGCUUCAAGUAUAAGACAACCUUCAUCGAAAUCGGUCAAUCAUCCUGAUUUCCAAUCCUUGAAUGGUAGAAUGUAUAGUAUGGCCGGUAUGAGUGCGAUGGCAUCUUCACUUGAGAUUGAUACAGAAUUAGACAAUGCACAUUCUGCUUCCAUCCAUCAAUCUCAAACUUGCUCACCUGUAUUACCUUCAACCAACUCUGUACCUACUGAACCUCCUCGACCAAAGGUCAAGGAUAAUCCAGGUCGAAGUUUAAAAGUGAUUGAAGAGAUCAUUUCGACUGAAAAAUCAUAUAUCAGAGGGUUAAGAGAAUUACAAGAUAUCUACAUUGCAAGUGCAACAGCCGUGUCAACAAGUGGGAUUGGAAAUAAUAAAGAAUCGACUGUACCUAGUUCAGAACGAAAAGUGGUGUUUAAUAAUGUAGAAGCGAUCAUUGGAUUUCAUGUAGAAGUACUUUUACCUGAUCUACAAGAAGUAGUAGAUCGAUUAUCUAAAAAACAAUUAACGAUUUUAGCACCUAAUGAGAUUCGAUCGAUUGCAGCGAUCAAAAAGAGAAAAGAACAAGAAGCCAAUUCGAUGAAUUCAAGAUUAUCAGCUGGAGAAGAUUUAACCAGUUCAACGAUCUCUACAACCAAUGAAGAAAAUGAAGAAGAGUUUUUGGAAAGACAACGAAAUGAGAUUAAUGGAGAAUUGAUUAAAGCAGCAGCCGAAGAAUUGGCUAAAGUGUUUAUUAGACAUGCAGCCUUUUUGAAAUUGUAUUCAACUUAUAUUACUCAAUUUGAUCUUGCAUUAGAAAGGUUAAGAGAAUGGACUGUCACCGUUUCACAUCCACCUACGAUCACCAAUAAUGGAAUGUCAAGCGGUAGUGGAGGAGGGGGAGGAGCUUCAUCUUCUUCUUCAUGGGCACCAGGAUUGAAUGCACCAGCAGGGAUUCCAUUGACUACUAACCAAAAGAAAAAAUUAAAAACUUACUUGAAACGAUGUAGAGCUAAUCCAUCACACAGUCAAUUGAAUUUAGAAUCCUAUCUCUUGAUGCCUGUACAACGAUUACCUAGGUAUAAAUUACUUUUAGAAAACCUUCAGUCUUGUACGCCUGAUCGACAAACGCCUACUACUGAACCAUCUUCAUCAGUUUCUUCUUCGGUUGGAUUAGUAGAAGAAACCGGACUCUUGCCUAAUCAGAUGGUUAGUGAAGCUUUGAGUUUGAUUAGUGCAGUGACGGCUGAGAUGAAUGAAAGGAAACGAGAUUCAGAAGGUAGACAAAGAUUGUUGUAUUGGCAACAAAGGUUUGGAAACAAGUUUAGAUCACCUUUGGUACAACCACAUCGAACAUUAAUUAAAGAAGGAAGAGUAACAUUGAUGCGUACCGUGAAAUUAACGACUAAAGAUGUUGUUUCUUCUACUGGACAGAAUAUUAAAGUUAGAGUUUCGGCUCUUAGUACUGAUUCUCAAGCUGUUACAAUGAUCUUGUUACUUUGUACCGAUUUACUUGUUUUGGCUAAAGAUCCUGGAGAUGGAGGAUCAGGACCGGCUUCUUCACCUGCUUCUUUACAUCAAGCCUUGAGACUUGCACAACAUACAAGGAAUUUGUUGAGUACACCUGCUACGGUUUUUGGAGCUGAACAGACUAUGGUUAGAUUUGUAGAUUCAAAAGCGAUUUUUUAUUUUCAAUGUGAUAGUCAAAGAAUUGCUUCUGAAUGGGCAGUGGCUGUAAAUCAACAAGUUCCAUUACUUUAG